AUGUCAUUUUCUCCGCAAUAUUAUGAGAUAUUAGAACAAAUCCAAAAACAUAUGGCAUAUCAGAGUGAGAUAUCCAUAGAAGAAGUAAAGAAACAAAGUAUUAUUCCUGCAAUAACACCAAAAAAAUUCUCUAUAAACGAGGUUAAAUUGGAUGAACAGUAUAGGGUCAAAAGCAGGGAGUAUUUGAUGGAUGGAUUGAAAAUAUAUGAAGACGUUAUUGAUGAAAAAUGGAAGGAUUUUGAUGAUGAUGGAUUAUGUGGAGAAUGGGUUAAAGUUAAGGAUAUGAAGGACACAGGAAGAGUAGUACUUUAUUUGUUUCCAGGAGGAUAUUAUACGGGAUCAUCUAAAUCAUCCCGCCGUAUUGCUCAAAAAAUUGCUGAAGAUGCUGAAUGUUCAGUUUUGGUAAUUGAUUAUCGUCUUACACCACAACAUCAAUUUCCUGCACCGCUUUGUGAUGUUUUAGCAGCAUAUCUAUAUCUUACUAAUCCUGGACCGGAAGCAGGAUUUGAACCAAUUGAUCCUAAACAAAUUGUAUUUGCCGGUGCUAGUGCCGGUGGUGGAUUAGCUGUUGCUACCGCAUUAUUCCUUCGUGAUGUUGGUUUACCAUUGCCAGCAGGACUUGUUUUAUGGUCACCAUGGGUGGAUCUGACAAGUAGUAUGGCAUCACAAUGGAAACCCGAAAUGAAUAAAACAGACUUCGUUAGUGGCAAACUAAACUCUCGUAAACUUGGCCCACCAUCCUCUAUGUCAAUUGAAUAUCUCAAACGCGUAAAAAUUCUCUCGGAAAAAAUUAAUCAAAAAAAACCAAAUGUAGUUGGUCAUCCUUCUUUUACCAAAGUUCCAAGAUUUAGGUUAUAUUGCGCAAAUGAAGCUUUGGCCAUUCCUUAUGUUAGUCCAAUGUUAGCAGAAAGUUUAGGAAAUCUGCCGCCCAUUUUAUGUCAAGUAGGCAGUGGUGAAAGAUUUCUGGAUUCAAAUAUUUUAUUCAGUUUCAAAGCUUCUGAUCCGAGUAAAUUUCAACUACCAAAAUAUGCUACAACAAAUUUUGCUAAAUCACCAUUCAAGAAACCGACUGAAGUCACUCUUGAAGUUUAUGAUGAAGCUUGUCAUGGUUUUCAAGUUUUCUCAAUAAAACGUUCUUGCGAUUUCAUUAAGAAUUACACGCUUAAUGAAAGUAUUCUAGAUAAAGCGGAGGGUAACUCUAUUGAUACUAUUGCAAUUAACCCUAAUUGUGAUAUUAGAGAGUUGGAUGCGAAAUUUCUUGAAUGUUUGAGUUGGGAAAACGUUGGAGUUAUCCCAGAAGUAGAAGUUGAAAUUGACCAAAUGGAAUAA